AAUGUUCAUUCUACACUAUACAGUUUGGUAGACACUAGUCAUAUGUGGCUAGUGUGGCUGAGGAACUGAAUAUUUAAUUUUAACUAACUUAAAUUUAAGUAGCUACUUGUAGCUAAUGGCUUCUGUAAUAAUGUAGUAUUAAGAAACUGAGGGAAAACAUGAAUAUAGAAGCAGUUACAUUGACCUGUGUUAGGACUUCUGGUAUAAAUUAGUUUAGCAUAGCUUAUAGGCUUUCCAACUUCCUCACUUCUGAUUCUUACUGCUGAUUUUUUAACUAAAAAAUUAGGUUCCUAACCAAAUGCUAGGAUUAAGACUUCUGAUAACUGGUAGAUGCUUGUCUUGUCCUCUUUACCUCAACUAUUUUUGUAUGUCUAACCCCAACUCUUCUCAUCCUUGGUGAAAAGGAAUCUUAUUUUGACAGUGCCUGAAGAUGAAUAAUCUUUCAUUUAGUGAGCUGUGUUGUCUCUUCUGCUGUCCACCUUGCCCUGGAAAAAUUGCUUCAAAAUUAGCAUUUUUGCCACCUGAUCCUACUUACACUCUGAUGUGUGAUGAAAGUGGAAGCCGCUGGACUUUACAUUUGUCGGAACGAGCAGACUGGCAGUAUUCUUCUAGAGAAAAAGAUGCUAUUGAAUGUUUCAUGACUAGAACCAGUAAAGGCAACAGAAUUGCCUGCAUGUUUGUGCGUUGCUCACCCAAUGCUAAAUACACUUUACUCUUCUCACAUGGAAAUGCUGUUGAUCUUGGUCAGAUGAGCAGCUUUUACAUAGGACUGGGAUCACGGAUUAAUUGUAAUAUAUUCUCAUAUGAUUAUUCUGGAUAUGGCGCAAGUUCUGGGAAACCAACAGAGAAGAACCUCUAUGCAGAUAUUGAAGCUGCUUGGCUUGCUCUUAGGACAAGAUACGGCAUUCGCCCUGAAAAUGUGAUUAUAUAUGGCCAAAGUAUAGGGACAGUACCAUCUGUGGAUCUCGCUGCUCGGUAUGAGAGUGCUGCUGUUAUUCUCCAUUCUCCUUUGACUUCGGGAAUGCGAGUUGCUUUUCCUGAUACCAAGAAGACCUACUGUUUUGAUGCAUUCCCAAACAUUGACAAAAUCUCUAAGAUAACCUCUCCAGUAUUAAUAAUUCAUGGGACUGAAGAUGAAGUAAUUGACUUUUCACAUGGCCUCGCAUUGUUUGAGCGUUGCCAAAGACCUGUGGAGCCUCUGUGGGUUGAAGGGGCAGGUCACAAUGAUGUGGAACUUUAUGGACAGUACCUUGAAAGGUUGAAACAGUUUGUGUCACAGGAACUGGUAAAUUUGUAAAAUAUUCUGUAAAUUUGCAUACUGGUUUUCUUUUCUUGCUGAACUGCACUCUUUGGUAAAUUACAUAAAACCUGAAGGUUUUGUUUGCAAAUCAUGUCAGUUGCCUUCAUAAAUGUACAGGUAAUGAUUUGUUAACAGACUUAAUGAAGGUUUUAAUUACCAGAACUAGAAACUGGAAAUAACAGUAUCAUGCAGUCAGGCUGUGUAAUUUAUAUUUUUUCUGUGAAUUUUUUUUUAAACAUCAAAAUGAGUACUGUAUGAAAUUUUAAUUCUAUAAAAUCAAAUGCUGUAAAAGUAUUGCCAAAUGCUUUUGCAUAUCAGAAAUAAAUUUAUAAAUAUUUUUAAAACAUCUCAAUGUACUAAAUCUUAUCCAGGUAUACAAAUGUAAUAUUCUUUCAAUAAAAAGCUGUAUAUCUAAAAAAAUUCAAGUACUCAGAAUAAACUGUAAGAAAACAUGCAAGUUCACUAGAGAUGACCUAAACCCUGUUGUACAGGGAUCGAGGUUUAAACAGUUAUUUUAUUGUAAAAUACAUUGAAUUUUCUGUAUUCCCUGGUUAUCAUACAUUUUCUCCUUUAAAAAAGAAAUGUAAGUCUUAAUUUUUAUGCCAUCUAUUAAUUUACCAACUAGUUACCUUGUAAAUGAGAAGUCAUGAUAGCACUGAAUUUUAACUAGUUCUGAUUUAUAGGUUUGGUACUAUGAGGCAACUACUUAAAAAAUCUCAUUUUGUUAUUUAAAAGGCAUUUAGAGCUUCAAGAAUGAUUUUGUACGCGAUGUUGUUUUAAAUUUUGACUAAUCUCAUAGAAUUGCAGUACACUUUAUUAUAAGAAAACCUGAGAGUCCGUUAGAUGUUCUUUAAGACCACAAACAGGCUGGCUAUUUGGUCAUUUUUCACUUUGGCUCCUUUUAAUAGGACCUAUUGUUUUAGAUUACUAUAUGAGAAUUUCAUGGAUUCACUCCUGGAUGCAGGAUAUAAGAACAUUUAAUUCAUAACUUUUAUAUUAACCAAUGUAGUAAAAAACAGAGCUCACACACAAAAACUAAGUUGCCUUUCCUUGAAUGAAUCCUGCCUGAAUAAAACAAUGAAAGAAAAAUAAAAAUAAAAUUAACGGUAUGUAGUCUAAUUUGUAAAUGAAUGAAUAUUGAAAUAAUACACACUGUGGAUAUAUUUUAAGGCCUUAUGUAGUUUUAAUUGUUCUGCUUGUUCUGUGGUUAUGUCUAAGACUAUAGUAUAUGAUUCUCUUCAAAGUAUAUCAAGUAUUGUGAAUGCUUUGGUUCAGAUGUGUCAAAUUAACAGUAAAACAACAAAUAUAUCACCCA